AAAAUUUUAAAACACCACUUUAUAAAAUCCAACAAAUACCCACCAAAAGUUGAACAUCAGACACUGUUGUAUACAAUUCAUUCUGGUUUUCUAUUGAUCUCCGAGUGAAUGUUAAUACUUUUAAUGUUACAUAAUAAUUUCUGGUGGUAGAUACUGAAUUACAUCAUUUGCAUGUAAGUGUGUAUGUGUAAUUAUUGUUUGAUUGAUUCUGGAUAUGAUGAACAAAGAUGAAAGAGAAGAGGUUAAUCCUCCACCCUUGUCGAUCCUCCUGAGAUUGGAUCGACUUGAGCAUCAGUUGCUGGUUCUGGAAGAGAGGCACCGUUAUAGAGCACCAAUUAAUUCGGAUGAUAAAUGUCUGAAUCGAGAAGACAAGUGCAGGACCAUGUUCUCUGCCCUUGAAGAGGUUAACCAUAAAGGCACGUUACUAGAGCGAGUAGCAGUGCUAGAAAAUCGAGUAAUUCAGCUGAGCAUAGACAUGGACAUGGAAAACACAUCAAGGUCUAGUUAUUCCAUUUCUGCAGUAGGUGAAAAGCCAGGCCAUGGGUUGGGAUCGUUGGAGGCUAGUGGACCAAAUUAUGAUGAUAUGAAUAUGGUGACCACACUUCAAGAGAAGAUGCAAGAUUCUCUUAUAACACAAGUAAGAGCAAGAUAAGAGCAUUUGUUCAUUAAACUCACCAUCUUGUAGGGAACACAGAAGAUGAAUCAAACGAAUCAAAACCAUGUCUAGAAUGGGUUUUUAUAGGAAGUGGCUCAAGUGGUUGAAAUUGGGAUGUUGAUGUUAGACUGUGCCAUUUUAUCAUUCAAUUUUUUUAUAUAAUUGGAUUCACUUGAAUGUUUUAAGUUGUACUUAGGUCAUCGAUACUCUAAGUGUUUGUUUACUAAUAUCAUGUGCAUACAAGUUCUAUACAAAAUA